AUGGAGAUCUAUGGCAAACUGGAAAUCAAUCUCCCGUUCCUGGAAGCUAUGAAGUUGCCCCCAUUCACCAAAUUCAUUAAGGAAUUCAUUGCGGUCAAGAAAAAAUCCGAUGGAAAGAUCGUGAUCGGGGAGAAUGUAUCUGCCGUAAUUCAGAAGAGAAUAAUGUCGUCGAAGCUGACUGACCCAGGAGCAAGAAUGACAAAUACGAAGGUGGUCAUCCAGUUAGCUGAUAGAUCAUGCAUUAGCCCUGAAGGAGUGCUAGAAAAUGUGAUAGUAAAAGUGCAUAAUUUUCUGUACCCUGCUGAUUUCCAUGUGAUAAAGAUGAGUGAAAAUGAAACUGCUGAGUCUAGUUGCGAACAGGCUGAUGCCUCGGAGAUGACUGAAUCCAUGAAAAAAGAAGUUGCAGGAUGGUGCGAAGCAGUUAUUAAGCAAGGGCUAUCUGAUGAAGAAAUCACAAAGGCAAUAAUGGACUUCUGUGGCAAAUCAAGAUCCCCUGGGUCCAAGGGACCAGUCCAACUAGCCAGUGUGAAAAACUUGCCAGAGUUGGAUGAGCUAGUCAAGAAAGGUAUGGAGAAGAACCCGUUGCCUCCUGAAGUAUCCCCUCCAAAGAAAGAGUUGAAGACCCUUCCUCCUGGUCUGAAGUACGCCUACCUAGGCGAGGGCGAAUCUCUGCCAGUUAUAAUCAACGACCAUCUGACCCAAGAGCAGGAGAUCAAGUUAUUGAAGUUGAAGAUUGAAGAUUGA